UCGAAAGUUCAAUUUCGCAUGGCGGACGUGCAAGUGAACUCUGUUAUUUGUUGGUGAUAAUUUCAAUUAUUAUCUUUUCGAGAUUCCUUAUGGAAAGGCAAAUUUUCAUACUACUUUUUCUUUGUGGACGUGCUUUAUUCAUUCCUUAACGUUAGAUGAUGUUAAAGUGUUAAUUAUAGUUAAAUUUGUGAGGACUGCAUAGGUUUUUUUCUCAAAAAUGGGAAAAUGUGACGAAGCUAAUGUCGAAGUUAGUAUGGGGGACUCGGCGUCCCCCAUGAAACCUGAUAAUUUUACAUUCACCGUGCCCCCCGAGGCCCCUGUCUUCGAGCCCACACCCGAAGAGUUCCUAGAUCCCCUGGCGUACAUCAGCAAAAUAAGGCCCAUUGCUGAGAAGUCGGGGAUAUGCAAAAUAAAACCACCUGCCCAUUGGCAGCCACCGUUUGCAGUGGACGUGGACAGAUUACGCUUCACGCCCAGAAUACAAAGGCUAAAUGAAUUAGAGGCUAUUACACGAGUAAAGCUGAAUUUCCUAGAUCAAAUCAUCAAAUUUUGGGAACUACAGGGCUCGGUUCUCAAGAUACCCACAGUGGAAAGGAAACCUUUAGACUUGUACGCGUUGCACAAAAUCGUAAAGGAAGCUGGUGGCUUCGAAGUAUGUUCAUCAGAACGGAAAUGGUCGAAGAUAGCUCGUCGGAUGGGUCACCCCCAGGGGAAAGGCAUCGGGUCAAUACUAAAGAAUCACUAUGAACGCAUCCUGUAUCCAUAUGAUGUGUUCAAGAACAGCGGGGCUGUUAGCUCUGCUGGAGAUAGCAAAGAAACGAAAAUCGAAGUAAAAGGCGAACAGACUCCAGAAAAAUUAAAUCGGAGGUCAAGUAAGCCUCCUGCUGCGACUCCACCCCCGGCUCGGCGUUUCAAGAGCUCGGAGCCCGAGGCGGCCGAGGGUAGUCACACAGAGGGGGCUUUGCCCUCCGUCGAUGAGAAGAAGACUCCCAUUAAAGAGGAACCUGGAGAGACUAGGAGGAGUCCCCGCGAGAACAAGUGGAUGUCGCAAGCGGGCAGCUGCGGGGCGCGCGCGCGCGUGCUGCGCUCCACGCGCCUGCGCGAGCACCGCCUCAGCAACAUGACGGUGUCCGUCACGCCCGCGCCGCCGCCGCUGCACCCCGACGACCCGCUCGCCAAAUACAUGUGCCACGUGUGCGGCCGCGGUGAUAUCGAGGAGCAGAUGUUGCUGUGUGACGGCUGUGACGACUCCUAUCACACGUUCUGUCUCGUGCCACCCCUGGCAGAUGUUCCUAAGGGUGAUUGGCGAUGUCCCGUCUGCCUGGCUGAGGAGGUGUCAAAACCGACCGAGGCAUUUGGCUUCGAGCAGGCGUCUCGUGAGUACACACUACAGCAGUUUGGCGAAAUGGCAGACCAGUUCAAAUCGGAUUAUUUCAAUAUGCCUGUACAUAUGGUACCAACGUCGACGGUAGAGCGUGAAUUCUGGCGCGUUGUGUGCUCAAUAGAUGAAGAUGUAACAGUUGAAUACGGAGCUGAUCUUCACUCAAUGGAUCACGGAUCUGGUUUCCCAACAAAGUCCAGUGCACACUUAUACCCUGGUGAGCAGCAGUAUGCAGAGUCGAGCUGGAAUUUGAACAACUUGCCAGUUCUAGAAGGUUCCGUGCUCGGUCAUAUCAAUGCUGACAUAUCUGGCAUGAAGGUUCCGUGGCUCUAUGUGGGUAUGUGCUUCGCGACGUUUUGCUGGCACAACGAGGACCACUGGAGCUAUUCAAUAAACUACCUGCACUGGGGCGAACCCAAGACUUGGUACGGAGUGCCAAGUUCAAAGGCAGAACAAUUCGAAGCAGCGAUGAAAGCGGAGGCUCCUGAGCUGUUCCAGUUGCAACCGGAUUUGUUGCAUCAACUUGUAACUAUCAUGAACCCCAAUGUGUUGAUGAAAGCCGGGGUGCCUGUAUAUAGGACGGAUCAACACGCUGGCGAGUUUGUGAUAACAUUCCCACGUGCCUACCACGCGGGUUUCAACCAAGGAUACAAUUUUGCUGAAGCAGUCAAUUUCACACCAGCUGACUGGUUGAAAAUGGGCCGCGAGUGCAUCGCCCACUACUCCACGCUGCGGCGCUACUGCGUGUUCUCGCACGACGAGCUGGUGUGCAAGAUGGCGCUGCACGCGGACGCGCUCGGCCUCACCGUGGCGCUGGCCGCCUACCGCGACAUGCGCACCAUGCUGCACGACGAGCGCCGCCUGCGCAAGGGCCUGCUGGACUGGGGCGUGACGGAGGCGGAGCGCGAGGCGUUCGAGCUGCUGCCGGACGACGAGCGGCAGUGCCACGAGUGCAAGACCACGUGCUUCCUGUCGUGCGUCACGUGCGCCUGCACGCCGCACGUGGCCUGCCUGCGCCACUACGACCGCCUGUGCGCCUGCCCGCCGCAGGCGCACAAGCUCAGAUAUCGGUACACACUAGACGAGCUGCCGGCUAUGCUAGAGAAGCUGAAACGGAAAUCAGAGCAAUUCCGUGAAUGGGCGGAAGCGGUUCAGAACGCCUUAGAUCCAGACACGCCGAAGACUUGCGACCUGGACGGACUUAGAGCACACUUAAAGAAAGCUCACGAUUUGAAGAUGCACAAGACGGAGCUGGUCCGAGCGCUGGAGACGGCCAUCGAGGACGCGGAGAAGUGCGCGUCCGUGAUCCAGCAGCUGGACCUCAACAAGAUGCGCACGCGCACGCGCCACCACGACCCCAAGUACCGCCUCACCAUACACGAGCUCACGCUCUUCGCGCAGGAGAUCGACGGGCUGGCGUGUGUGCUGCCCGAGGGUUCAGCGGUUAAAGAAGUAUUACGACAGACGGCUGAGUUCGAAGAUCGUGCCGCUGAACUGCUCAUCAGAGAACUGGACGAGUGUGAUGCCGCCUCAGUUAGGGACCUUGAAGAGGUGGUAGACCUAGGCUCCCGCCUCUGCAUCGUACUACCGCAACUGUCAGCGCUACAGACGCGGUUACAGCAAGAAAAGUGGCUUGUAUCAGUGAGGGCCAAUCGAGAAGCUUGCUCAGCGCUGACUCCUGAUGUCAUAGACAAGUUGUUGGCAGAGGCGGAGGCCGUCCUGCCUCAUCAUCGUAUUGAAACUGAGCGUGCUGCACUACAUAAACUUAAACUACAAGUGGAAGACUGGGAGCGGCGAGUACGCGCAGUACUGAUCGAUACAAACCGUGAAACGGAGACUGAAGAUGAGCCCACGUCAUUAGCAGAACUAGACGCCCUUAUAGCUGAGGGAGAGGAAAUUGACGCUGCUCUACCUUCCUACCAUGCCCUCAGUACUGCCACUGCGCAUGCUAAGGACUGGCUUGCUAAGGUGGAGGAGAUGCAGGCGAAGGAGCUGUACCCGUACAUGCACAGCGUGGAGGCGCUGGCGCGGCGCGGGGCCAGCAUCCCGCUGGCGCUGGCGGAGAAGCGCCAGCUGGCCGCCGCGCUCGCCUGCGCGCGCGACUGGCGCCGCGGCGCCGCCGACAUGUUCCUCAAGAAGAACUGGCCCUACUCCCUCCUGGAGGCCCUGUCCCCCCGCUGUGACGCUACAGAAGGCGAAGGCGAAGGGACAGGUAGAAAGCGACGUGGCGAACAAUCGUCGGAAGCUGCGUUAUUGAAGCACUUCAGUGAAGACGCGACGCCCACUGAGAUCGUGGCGGCUUUCAAACAGGCCGAGCAGAAAGAGCUGGCCGCGAUAAAGGAGUUGAGAUCCCGUAACAUGCGUAAGGAAGUACGAGCGCCUCCGACCGCUGGAGUUACUUUCUGUAUCUGUCAAAAGAGACAGUAUGGCGUUAUGACUCAGUGUGAACUGUGCAAGGAUUGGUUCCAUGCAUCGUGCGUGGCUUCCGCCCGGAACGAUUCAGAGGAACGUGAGGAGUCACCAGAGAGGACGGAAUUGCCGUUCCCCUGCACCGAGACUAAGUUCCUGUGUCCCGAUUGUACGCGGACGAAGCGACCGCGCUUACAUCUGAUACUGCCACUGCUGGUGUGGCUUCAGAAGCUACCUGUGCGCCUGGCGGAGGGCGAAGCGCUGCAGUGCGUGACGGAGCGCGCCAUGGCGUGGCAGGACACCGUGCGGGCGCUGCUCACCGGGCCGCUGCUGGCCUCGCUGCCGGCGCGCCCGCCGCCCGCCGCGCGCCCCGACCGCCGCGAGCCGCACGCGCGAUCAUCGGCGAACGUGGAGCACGCCUACAGCGCGACGCCGCGCGCGCUGGGCGCGGGCGCGCGGGUUCCGCCCGGUCUGCUACAGAAACUGGAGGACCUUAUGUUGGAGGGAGACUUGCUCGAGGUGCGGAUGUCGGAGCAGGCGAGCCUGUGGAGCGCGGUGUGGGCGGCGCGCGCGGCGGAAGGCCGGCGAGGCGCGCGCGUGCUGGACGCCGGCCGCCGCAAGCGCGCGUCGCCGCAGCAGCGCCACGCCGCGCACAAGCGCACGCGGCCCGCGCACGCAACAAGUUCAACAAAGACUACAAUAAAAAGGGGCUCGGCGACGACUACGAAUUACUUAAACCGGAAACAGGGUGUGUCAUCGGGUUCUGGACUGAUGAUGCGGAAGCACUAUAUGGCUCGUCAGGAGCGCCGUAAGAGGGGAUUACCGGCCCACCACACCGGAAGACAGGCGAGGACCCAGCGAGCUAACCCCCCCCCCUCCCCCCUCCCCAGCGGCGGCGCGGGCGCCGGUCCGGCGCGGCGAAGCAGCUCGUCGUCGCAGUCGUCGGCCGAGGACGAGUCGGACUGCGCCGCCGCCGCCUGUCUGCAGCCCGAAGGUAAAGUCGACUGGGUACAAUGCGACGGCGGUUGUGAAUUGUGGUUCCAUAUGCUCUGUGUGGGACUCCGCCCAGCGGCUCUCAGGGAGGACGACGAGUACAUCUGCGGAGCCUGCGCACUUAACCGGAAUCGCGUCCCGAAUUAAGUAUUGUAAAUAAAUCAACUCAAAACAAAACAAAUUGUGGAGGCUUUGACCAAGUUGCCACCAGACGUGAUAUCACGGUCCACAACCCAGUUUACGAGUAGACUGGAUGGGUAUAUGCUACAAAAAUAUAUAUUUCGUGCAGUGGGAUGAAGGCUUUUAAUUUUUCUCAACUGCCUACCGGGUAUAAAAUAAUAAUGAUAGAUAAAUACUUGGAAUGACUUGGAAUAUCUGUUUCACGUGGCAAAUAAAUUGUAAGUGGAACGUAGAAUUAAAUGUAGCCCAUUUUGAUGAAGGUUUUUAUUGAUAUACAUUUUAAAAAUUGCGGGGCUUAGAUAUUGUGAUUUAACAUUUGUUGAUAUGUCAAAAUAUAUGUAAAAAAAAAGUGUUAGAUAAGUAUUUUGACUGUCC